CACAGUAUUCAUAUCUGGGACCUAUCAGCUACAGAGAAAAAUACCCCUACCAACUGCCGGAGCAGUACAGGAGCCAUGGCGUACUACUCCACAAGGCUGAAGACCAGACAAACUUAUUCGUGGGUUGGCAGGCCACUGUUGGAUCGAAAACUGCAUUACCAAACAUACAAAGAAAUGUGUGUAAAAAUAGAAGGCUGUUCGACUGAGACGCACAUCCAAGUUGGACAGUUUGUAUUGAUUGAAGGGGAUGAUGAUGAAAACCCAUAUGUUGCUAAAUUGAUUGGGUUGUUUGAAGAUGAUUCUGACCCUUAUUCUAAGAAACGUGCUCAAGUGCAGUGGUUUAUCCGAUUCUGUGAAAUCCCUGUCUGUAAACAGCAUCUGUUGGGCCGGAAACCUGCUGCACAGGAGAUAUUCUGGUAUGAUUACCCUGCCUGCAAUGACAAAAUUAAUGCCGAGACCAUCAUUGGCCCUGUUCGGGUAAUAGCUUUAGCCCCAGAUGAAGUGGUACCUAUGCACCUGAAAAAUGAGAAGACACUCUUUGUGAAACAAUCCUGGAAUGAAAAGAAGUUCAGACCGCUGUCCCCAGAGCUAUUUGCAGAGUUAGAUAAACUACAAGAGGGCAGCCCCAAGUGCCAGAAGCCCAAGGGAGCCAAGACUAAGAGCCUACGAAACCCUUCUUGGACCACCGUGGAACAUGCGGUCAAAAGGAUUGAAUCAAGGCAUUCUGCCUCCAAAUCUCACCAAACUCCUACCCAUCCCAUCACCCCAAGGGCAAGAAAGAGGCUGGAGCUUGGCAACUUAGGUUCUCCUAGGACACCUAUUGUAAGGAUGUCCCAGCAGACUUCAUGUGCCUCCUUGGAUUCUCCAGGAAGAACUAAACGGAAAGUGGCCUUCUCUGAGGUCACCUCACCUUCUAAGAGGGCUCACUCUGACAGAACUGAGACCUUGUCUCCAGCACUGAAAGCCCCAGAGAAAACCGCGGUGGUUCGACUCUCUUGUACCAAGGAUGAUAAUGCGGCUACACCUGAAUGUCACGUGAUCCUGAGAACCCGAAUCCCAGCUUUGAAAACCACAGAGAUGUGUGAAGAGAGAAGACUUAGCCCUAUGAGGCGGGGACGGAGGUCCUCAGUGGUGCCUUCUGUGGUUCUGAAACCAGAAAACAUCAAAAACAGGCAGGCAAAAGAACCACAAGCUCAGAAUGAAGCUGCCUCUACUUCCCAUCGUAUCUGCAGAAAGAGUUCUCUCUUGACUUUGAAUCGUAUUAAGCAGCAGCUUCGGUUUCUAGGUGAUAAUAAAAGAGACCAAGAAGAGGAAGAGUUUCUACUAGCAGCAGCAGAUAUUUCAGACUCUAGCAGUGAGGAGGAAGAGGCUUCCACACUACCCCUUUCAAGGAGAACACGCAGAAGUAUGUCCAGAAUCCUACAAUCUUCCUUGAAGUCAUCCUUGCAGGCCCCCUCCAAGACACCAAAGAAAACUCCCAAGCCUAGAACACCAUGUCGUGCCACUCCCCAGAUCCGCAGCCGGAACCCAGCUGCCCAGGAGCCAGCCAGUGUGCUGGAGGAGGCCCGGCUGAGGCUACAUGUUUCUGCUAUACCUGAGUCUCUUCCCUGUCGGGAGCAGGAAUUUCAAGAUAUCUACAACUUUGUGGAAAGCAAACUCCUUGACCGUACUGGAGGGUGCAUGUACAUCUCCGGUGUCCCUGGGACAGGGAAGACUGCCACUGUGCAUGAGGUGAUACGCUGUCUGCAGCAGGCAGCCCAAGCAAGUCAUGUUCCUCCCUUUCAAUACAUUGAGGUCAAUGGCAUGAAGCUGACGGAGCCCCACCAAGUCUAUGUGCAAAUCUUGCAGAAGCUAACAGGCCAAAAGGCAACAGCUAACCACGCGGCAGAACUUCUGGCAAAGCGAUUCCGCGCCCAAGGGUCCCCUCAAGAGACCACUGUCCUGCUUGUGGAUGAGCUCGACCUUCUGUGGACUCACAAACAAGAUGUAAUGUACAAUCUCUUUGACUGGCCCACUCACAAGGAGGCCCGGCUUGUGGUCCUGACCAUUGCCAACACAAUGGACCUGCCCGAGCGAAUCAUGAUGAACCGGGUGUCAAGCCGACUGGGUCUGACCAGGAUGUCCUUCCAGCCCUAUACCCACAGCCAGCUGCAGCAGAUCCUAGGGUCCCGACUCAAACAUUUAAAGGCCUUUGAAGAUGAUGCCAUCCAGUUGGUAGCCAGAAAGGUAGCAGCCCUCUCUGGAGACGCACGACGCUGCCUGGACGUUUGCAGGCGUGCCACAGAAAUCUGCGAGUUCUCCCACCAGAAGCCUGAUUCCCCUGGCCUGGUCACUGUAGCCCACUUAAUGGAAGCUGUGGAUGAGAUGUUUUCAUCGUCAUACAUCACUGCCAUCAAAAAUGCCUCCAUUCUGGAACAGGGCUUCCUGAGAGCCAUCCUUGCAGAGUUCCGUCGAUCGGGACUGGAGGAAGCAACAUUUCAACAGAUAUACAGCCAACAUGUGGCACUGUGCAGAAUGGAGGGACUGCCAUACCCCACCAUGUCAGAGACCAUGGCUGUGUGUUCUCGCCUGGGGUCCUGCCGCCUCCUCCUCAUGGAGCCCAGCAGGAACGACCUGCUCCUUCGUGUGCGGCUCAAUGUCAGCCAGGAUGAUGUGCUGUAUGCCCUGAAAGAAGAGUGA